CCAGUAUACGGUCCCAGGAGCUCUGAGAGGAGAUUUCAUGGAGCUGUUGUUCUCUCUCUGAGUCUGCUGAGUGUUCUCCUGUUGGCUGGGCUCAUUGUCCUCGGUGUCCACUACCAUAAAAAUUCAAAUACAGGACUCUCCGCUGGAGAAGCCAACCACACUGAGUGUCUUCAGGCCAGUGACAUCAAACUCUCCUCCCUGACUGAAGAGAGAGACCAGCUGAAUAUCAGUCUCUCUGAAAUGACUAAAGAGCUGAAGAGGCUUCAGAGUUUGUCCAAACAGAAGAAAACGUGUCCUGAAAAAUGGAGGAUGUUCAGCGGUACCUGUUAUCUCCUCUCCACUCAGUCUGGUUCUUGGGAAAAAGGCAGAGAGGACUGCAGAGCCAGAGGAGCAGCUCUGGUGAUCAUAAACAGUCUUGAAGAGCAGACACUCCUUACUGGAUUUGCUGCCGGAAAACGGUGGAUUGGUUUGACUGACAGGGACGAGGAGGGGACCUGGAAAUGGAUUGAUGGAACUCCAUUGACUCAAAGUUACUGGUGGGAAGGGCAGCCUGAUAAUGGUGGUGGAGAUCCGCAGUGGGGGGAAGAAGACUGUGCACAUAUAUACACUAGCAGGGAUUUUGACAAAAACUGGAACGAUCAGUCAUGUACUGCUUCUAUGAAAUGGAUCUGUGAGAAAAUGGCUUAGCGCUGGUGUGUAAUCUCCAUUCAUGCUUUUACAAAGACCUUUGGUAUUGAUUAUCACUACUUCUCUACUUCUUUCUCAUCAAAGUUUGGCAUUGUUGAAGAACAUUUCUGUGUAAACUUCUCUGCACCAGUGUGAGGAUCCUCUUCCUCCAUCUCUACUUUAAUCAUAAGUGUAAUGUAUAUGUUUGAUUGGUUAUUAAUGCAAGAUUCUGAUCAUUCAACAAGUGGAAGUACACAACUGAAAGUUUCUGCCAGGCAUCUGAAACUGUGUCAUUUACAUUGUCAAUAUUCCACUGCUCAUGGUCUUUGGCCCACAGUUUACCACGAUGCAAAAGCCACAACAAAAAUACAAAAGACACAACACAAAUACAAAAGAUACAACACAAAUACAAAAGCCACAAUAUAAAUACAAAAGACACAACACAAAUACAAAAGAUACAAUACAAAUACAAAAGACACAACACAAAUACAAAAGAUACAACACAAAUACAAAAGAUACAAUACAAAUACAAAAGAUACAAUACAAAUACAAAAGAUACAACACAAAUACAAAAGCCACAAUAUAAAUACAAAAGACACAACACAAAUACAAAAGAUACAAUACAAAUACAAAAGACACAAUAAACAAUGCAAAAGCCACAACACAAAUAUAAAAGCAACAACCUGACUGCAAAUCAACAACAUGGAUGCCACAACACUUUUGUAUUUGUGUUAUGGCUUUUGCACUGAGUUGACCAAUCUGAGCCACCGUAGCUCUGCCCUUUUAAAGCUCUCUGUAACUCUGGUUUUUAAAUUAGAUGCUCACCCCUCAUGGCAGAGGAACUUCAUAAAGAUAUCAGUACAUUGAAAAGUACAACAGACAUUCAGUUUGUGUUUCUAAUAAAGAUUUAUUGAAAGCUGAAA